UUCACCUCCCAGCCACACCAGUCAGGCCUUACCUUCAUCCCCCACAAAACGCCAAGAUGACCACCUUCACACUCAGCUCAUUUCAACCAUUUCUCUUACUCCUCACCGUCUCCUCCACCCUGGCCAUCGCAUCCGAUUUCAUCUUCCUCAACUGCGGCUCCUCAGAGUCUUCCACAACCUCAGACGGCCGCAACUGGACAGGCGACUCCACUUCAACUGUCACCAUUACGCCAAACACGUUACAACUCCAUGUUCAAACCCUAGACUCGUCGGUUCCGAACCUUCCCUACGCAACCGCGCGAGUCUCCUCCUCCCCUUUCACCUUCUCCUUCCUCCUUCCCCCCGGCCGCAAGCUCAUCCGCCUCCAUUUCUACGCCGCCGACUACGGAAACUACUCAGCCGCCGAUGCUCUGUUCUCCGUCAACUCCGGCCGUCACACUCUCCUUAAAAACUUCAGCGUCUUACAAACCUCUCAAUCCCUCGUCAUCUCCUACAUCGUCCGCGAAUAUUCCAUAAACUCCUCAUCCCCACUGAUCAACCUCACCUUCACCCCCUCCUCAUCCCUGCCGUCCUCCUACGCCUUCAUCAAUGGCAUCGAACUCGUCUCCUCGCCGGAUAUCUUCAGCGGAAGCAUGCCUUUAAUCACCAACACUCACAGGACGCAGCCGUACAAAGUCGAGCCCGUUUGGGCUCUGCAGACGAUGUACCGGCUCAACGUCGGCGGAAAUUUCAUCGGGCCCAUGGAGGAUUCCGGCUUGUUUCGAUCUUGGGAAGACGAUUCGAUCUACAUCUACGGAGCCGGAUUUGGCGUAACCUACGCUGCCGACAGCAACGUUUCCAUUCGGUAUCCUUCAAAGAUUCCUGAAUUCAUAGCUCCGUUAGAGGUUUACGCCACCGCACGAUCAAUGGGUCCUGACCCAGAAAUCAAUUUGAACUACAAUCUCACUUGGAUCCUACCUGUAGACCCCGGUUACUACUAUUUGCUCAGAUUUCAUUUCUGCGAGAUCCAGUACCCAAUCACUCUUGAAAACCAGAGGGUGUUCGAUAUAUUCAUAUAUAACCAUACGGCCAUUGAAGACUUCGAUGUUAUUUUAGAAUCCGGCGGCAUUGGUGUUCCUACCUACAGAGAUUUUGUCGUAGCGAUUCCGAAAGAAGCAGAAUCUCCCGCCAUGGUUGAUCUCUGGGUAGCUCUACACCCAGAAAGAAACACCCAACCAGAGUAUUAUGAUGCCAUCUUGAAUGGUCUUGAGGUCUUCAAAUUGGAAGCAUAUGGGGACACUCUCGCCGGGGCUAAUCCUGUGGUAUCAAGAAUACCAACUGGCGAUCAAAAUACCAACCCAAUCACAAUAAUAAUCAAUUCAAAAAAUGUUAAAAUUCGAUCGCUUGUUGGAUCAGCUGUCGGUGUAGGUGGCCUUGUUGUGGCUCUUGCUAUAUUCACCUUAGUCUACUUUCUCCACUCCAAAGGGAAAGAAUCUCUUUCAUUAAAUCCUCGCCUUGCAGAUCAAUGGAAGGUGACAAGCUCUACCGGCUGCCGGCAGUUCUCGUUCGCGGACCUUGAACUAGCCACCGACAGCUUCGACGAGGCACGGAUCAUUGGUGUCGGCGGGUUCGGAAAGGUCUAUCGUGGAACCAUCGACGGCGGGGCAAAAACCAUUGCCAUCAAGCGUGGGGAUUCGAUUUCCGGCCAAGGGAUCGAGGAGUUUCGCAAUGAGAAUGAGAUGCUCUCCAAGCUUCGGCACCACCACCUCGUCUCUCUGCUCGGUUACUGCCAUGACAGCGCAGAAUUGAUCCUGGUAUAUGACUACAUGGCGUUGGGGAAUUUAGGCGAACACAUCUACGGCAAGAAGAAGAUUCCGCCGAUUCCGUGGGAGCGAAGGUUGGAAAUCUGCAUCGCAGCGGCGAAGGGGAUUCACUAUCUCCACACCGGCGUGAAGCCGGCGAUCAUCCACCGGGAUGUGAAGACGUCUAACAUCCUUCUGGAUGAGGGCUGGGUAGCCAAAAUUUCCGACUUUGGGCUGAGCAAGUCGGGGCCGGAGGAGGUCGGGCAGUCCCAUGUGAGCUCGGCGGUGAGGGGGACAAUGGGAUAUCUCGAUCCGGAGUACAUUAUGCUAAUGCAGCUGACAGAGAAAUCAGACGUUUACGCAUUUGGAGUGGUGAUGCUGGAGGUGAUCUUGGGUCGGCCGGCGCUGGAUCCGGCGAACGCGGAGGAGGAGAAUUUGGUGGAUUGGAUGCGGCAGUGCUGGCGGGAAGGAGAUGUGGAGAGCGUAUUGGAUCCUUGCUUGAGAGGUAGUGUGGGAGAGAGUUGUUUGAAGAUGUUUAUGAGGACGGCCGAGAGCUGUGUGGCGAAUAGGAGGGACGAGCGGCCGGCCAUGGGCAAUGUGCUGAGAGAUCUGGAGCUGGCUCUGAGUUUGCAGAUGCAGGAAUUCGCAGAGGAAUCCAUUAAUGAAGAAAGCCAACAGUUGGUCGGAUAAAUGUAGAAGAUUUGUGUCGUGUAUAAAUCAUAGGGGCAGGUAAAGAUCUUGAUUUUGAGAUUGAAAGAUAGGACAAAAGUUCUGAUUUUUAUAGUUAAUGGGGAGAGAAGCUGGCAAUAAACAUUUGGGGAAACUGUUUAUGCAUCUCUAGUACUCCAUGGAGGGAAAUUGUCGGAUGCUAGAUAAAACAAGCCAAUCAGAAUAUGACGAAAUGGACAACUAAAAUCAAGGAAAGGCCAGCUACUAUCAACCAAAGAGGUAAUUAAAUAAAAAUCACAUAAUAGUUUUUUUUUUCUUUUUUUUUUAGAAAAUCUGACGGUCAGGUUCAGCAAAGAAAAUAGUAAGUUAAACAC